AUGAUCGCAAAGUAUAGUAGCUAGCAAAGUGCUAAGUAGAGCUGCUGCACUAUCAAAAUUCUAAUCCAUUGUUUAUCAUUUGGUCAAAGAUUGUGUGAUGCAAAGGAUCAUAAUGGCAACUGAAAACAGUGUAGCCAAAGCACUGAGUUCUGUGCGUGAACGGAUUCAAGCAGCCUCCUUGCAAAAGGCGUCGACGAUUCCCAGUGUUGAGCCAAGAUUAGUAGCAGUGAGCAAAACCAAACCAGUGUCUAUGAUCCUGCAGGCUUAUCAAACAGGACAACGUAACUUCGGUGAAAAUUAUGUACAAGAAUUAGUCGACAAAGCUCAUGAUGACUUGAUCAGAGAGCAAUGUGCAGACAUUAGGUGGCAUUAUAUAGGUCAUCUCCAGAGUAACAAGGUCAAGAAACUUCUCAGCUCUCCUAAUCUAUACAUGGUGGAGACUGUGGAUUCUAAGAAGUUAGCCUCAGAGCUUGAGAAGCAUUGGAGCAAAGAGACAGACAGAGGAAAACUCAGGGUUUAUGUGCAACUCAACACAAGCGGAGAAGCAAAUAAGAGUGGUGUGCCGCCAGAGGAGAGUAGCAGUUUAGUGAGACAUCUCUUUGAUAACUGCCCAAGCUUAGACUUUGCAGGUCUCAUGACUAUUGGAGCUUUUGAUCAUGAUCUUGAGAGUGGUCCCAAUCCAGAUUUUCAGUGUCUUGUUAGAUGUAGAGAAGAUCUAUGCAAGGAAUGCAGUCUGGAUAUAGACAAGGUGGAACUGAGUAUGGGCAUGUCACAUGACUUUGAACAUGCAAUCUCUGUGGGAAGUACAAACAUCAGGGUCGGGAGUACUAUAUUUGGAGCAAGAGGGAGUGACGCAAGAAGGAGUAAUGGGGCAUCAAGAUCAGUACGGAGCAAGGAAGAAUCUUUGUGAUUUCAGUUUGAAUUUAUGAACUGAAUUGAAAUGUACUCCACAGUGAGGGAGCCCUUCGCUUGCAUUAGAAUUAUGAUAUGUGAAAUUAGUGAAAGGGAAGGUCGAGGUACUGCCCCAUACCUAUUUAAAUAUAGUACGUAAAGUAUGAUGUAUAGCUUCUUUUCAUUUUCCUUUUAUUUGUUAUUUUUCUAAACAUACUCAAAGCAUGUAAAUGUUUGGGACAGGUUUUGGAGUUUAAAUGCUAUGUUCUUCAUUGUUUUUAUUUUGAAAUCGUCAAUGUGUCGCACUUAUUAAAAUACUGUCUUCUCAUUAAACAUGUAGUUGAAAUAUAUUUCACAAUCUGUUCAACAAUUAUAUGAACCACCUAAACAUUGAUAAUCCACUGCCAUAAGACUAGUUGAGCCAUGAAAGGGAGUGGGUCUUCAAUUUCCAUGUGCAGGAGGUCAUAAUUCGCUGACAUCAGACUUGGUGGAAAUACCGUUAAUGGGUGUACAAGACUG